CCUUCGCUGGCUGUACCACACAGUGAGUGGGCCGGCCGGGUAGGCAGGAUAUAAAGCCUGGGUUGCACAGCCGGCAGGACAUACACUAUCCUAGGCUGCACCGCAACGGAUCUCUCGGUAACUCUUCAGGGUCGUCCGGGCAACCCGUUGCUCAUCAGCCAAUCAGCGUCUGGGACUACCAUCUGCCCUUAACAUCUGGAGCCAUGGCGGGGAGAAGAGCCCUGAUUGUCCUGGCCCACUCAGAGAGGACAUCGUUCAACUACGCCAUGAAAGAGGCUGCCAUGGAGACUCUGAAGAAGAAAGGUUGGGAGGUGGCUGAAUCUGACCUCUAUGCUAUGAACUUUAACCCCAUCAUUUCCAGAAAGGACAUCACAGGUAAGCUGAAGGACUCAGAGAACUUUCAGUACGCUGCAGAGUCAUCUCUAGCAUACAAGGAAGGCCGCCUGAACCCAGAUAUUGUGGCUGAACAGAAAAAGUUGGAAGCUGCUGACCUCGUGAUAUUUCAGUUCCCGCUGCAGUGGUUUGGAGUACCCGCCAUUCUGAAAGGCUGGUUCGAGCGAGUGCUGGUCGCAGGAUUUGCCUACACAUAUGCCACCAUGUAUGACAAGGGUCCUUUCCAGAAUAAGAAGACCUUGCUUUCCAUCACCACUGGGGGCAGCGGCUCCAUGUACUCUGUUCAGGGUAUCCACGGCGACAUGAACAUCAUCCUCUGGCCAAUUCAGAGCGGCACUCUGCAUUUCUGUGGCUUCCAGGUCUUGGAACCCCAGCUGGUGUACAGUAUUGGCCACACCCCACCAGAUGCUCGGAAGCAAAUCCUGGAAGACUGGAAGAAGCGCCUGGAGACUAUCUGGGAUGAGCCGCCACUAUAUUUUGCUCCAAGCAGCCUGUUUGAUCUAAAUUUCCAGGCAGGAUUCUUACUGAAAAAAGAGGUUCAAGAGGAGCAGAAAAAGAAUAAAUUCGGCCUUUCUGUGGGCCAUCACUUGGGCAAGUCCAUUCCAGCUGACAACCAGAUCAAAGCUAGAAAAUAAGAUUUUUUUUUUUCUCCCCCU